UUGGCGCAGAGGCAGUGGCUGGAGCCGGGCCCCUGCGUGCUUGCCCCAAGAGGAGGGGUGGAUUACAUGCAAUGAAUCCAUGCGUCAUAAGCUUGCUUCCCAGGGCUCUGGGGAAGGAGAAGACAGCAGGACUGGCUCUUGUGCUGUAAAUAGUGCACUUCUGCAGCUGACCAGCCGCCGGGGGCUGAUGUGUGCUGCCCUCUCAUCUAGUCCUGGAAGGGCUGCUGGCUGGCUCGGCAAAUGGAGCUCAGCGUGACAACACCUGCCUUGAGGUGGUGGGCAGGCCACCGACUGAUGAUCCCCUGCUGCCUGCAGGCUCCAGGUAUGCCACAUCCCGCACCGCUGCUGCCUGCCAGGUGCCCCUCAGUCCUGCCCCUCCUCCCUUCCCUCCCCUUCUGCUCCUCUCUGCCAGUCGGGUGCAUCCAUUUCAGCUUUCAAACCCGCCUUGGCAUCUGCCUUGGCCCCACCGCAAUUAAAGUGGACCAGCAGCCUCUUACCUGCCUUCCCUGUGCCGAGGGGUUAAUGCAGCUGCAGAGGGCUCUCAGAAGCAGCCGCUCCGCUGCAGCAGAGCCUGCUCUGCCUGCUCUUGGCUGCAGGCAAGCCUGGGCAGCUACUUAAUUUCUCCCCCCUCCUCGAGUAGCCCAUUUUGCUGAUCAUCUGCAGUGUCGUGCCAACAGUGUCUUAAAUCCCAUCGUUUCCGUUCUCUCCUCCUCUCACAGCCUUGCAUAACAAGGGCAGAGCACGGCCUCUUCCUUGCCCCCGGGUUCCUGUUUUAUAACCAUUGCCUUCUUUUCCCUCUUUUUCACCCUGACCUUGACAGAGUGUUAAAAUGCUUCUGUUUGGUUGAUUGGUUUUUGUUUGUUUGUUUGUUUUUUUAAGUUCAGAUUAAUAAAUAAUAAAACCCCAGCCAGCACAGAUUCCUCCUGGUCUGGUCUCUCAGGGAGGGCAAGUGCAGCUGUCAGCGUGGAGAACGCAGAGCCAUGGCAUUGCUGCUGUGCAACGCCCGCAUCCAGCUCACAGACACACUGGAGCAGAUGCAGCAAGGGACUCUGAUGCGCAAAGUCAAGUCCAAGAGCUGGAAGAAGCAGCGUUUCUUCAAGCUGCAGGAUGACUGCAUGACCAUCUGGUACCAGUCGAAGAGGACAGGCAAAACGGAGUCUGCCUUCUCCAUCAGCGAUGUGGAGACGGUGCGGGAAGGGCACCAGUCAGAGGUGCUGCAGAGCCUGGCCGAGGAGUUCCCCCCUGAGCGCUGCUUCACCAUUGUCUUCUAUGGCCGUCGUGGCAACCUGGACCUCAUUGCUGGCUCGGCCGAGGAGGCGCAGUGCUGGGUCCAGGGCCUGCGUCAGCUCAUUGAGGUAGCCACCACCAUGGACCAAAGGGAGAAGAUAGACCAGUGGAUUCGUGACUGGUUUCAGAAAGCUGACAAGAAUAAGGAUGGACGCAUGAACUUCAAGGAGGUACAGCGUCUCCUCAAGAUGAUGAAUGUGGACAUGAAUGAGGAUCAUGCCCUGCGGCUCUUCCAGGAUGCUGAUAAAUCAGAGUCUGGGACACUGGAAGGGGAGGAGUUUGUGCUCUUCUACAAGGCUCUCACGCAGCGUGAGGAGGUGCUGAGCCUCUUUCAAGAAUUCUCUGAGGAUGGAAAGAAGCUGACGCUGCUGGAGCUGGUGGAUUUCCUGCGGCAGGAGCAGCUGGAGGAUGAGGGCACAGAGGAGAUGGCCAUGGAGCUCAUUGACAAGUAUGAACCAUCAGAGACAGCCCGGGCUCGCCAUGUGUUGAGUGCUGAUGGGUUCCUCAUGUACCUCUGCUCUCCGGAGGGCUCCAUCUUCAACCCCCAGCACCGGGCGCUGUGGCAGGACAUGAACCAGCCACUCUGCCACUACUUCAUCUCCUCCUCCCACAACACCUACCUGAUAGAGGAUCAGCUGCGGGGUCAGAGCAGCAUCGAGGGCUACAUCAGGGCUCUGAAACGGGGCUGCCGGUGCCUGGAAGUGGAUUGCUGGGACGGGCCGAAUGGGGAGCCCAUGGUGUACCACGGCCACACCUUCACCUCCAAGAUCCCCUUCCGGGAGGUAGUGAGUACCCUGGGGAAGUACGCUUUCAAGGCCUCGGACUACCCGGUGAUCCUGUCCCUGGAGAACCACUGCAGCAUGGAGCAGCAGGAGGUCCUGGCACAGCAGCUCAAGGAUAUUCUGGGGGAACAGCUCCUCACCACCACCAUCGACGGGCACGUACCCAGCCAUCUGCCAUCCCCAGAGGAGCUGAAGCACAAGAUCCUGCUGAAGGGAAAGAAGAUCGGGCGGCUGGAGGACACGCUGGACGGGCCAGGGGAUGAGGUGCCUGAUGUGUCUGACGACGACAAUGGGGCAGAGGCAGAGGAAGAGAGGCGGAGGGCAAAGAAGGACAAGGAGACCCUGGCACAAGCAUUGUCUGACUGCGUCAUCUACUGCAAGAAUGUGUCCUUCCGGGGCUUCCAAGAGGCCCGCAGCCAUUCCCGGCCCUCUGAGAUCUCCUCCCUCUCUGAGGCCAAGGCCAGGAAGCUCAUCCGGGAUGCAGGAAAUGAGUUUGUCCGCCACAAUGCCUGGCAGCUGACACGCAUCUACCCCAGUGGGAUGCGGACCGAUUCCUCCAACUACAGCCCCCAGGAGAUGUGGAAUGCUGGGUGCCAGAUCGUGGCCCUGAACUUCCAGACAGCCGGCACGGAGAUGGACCUGUGCGAUGGCCUCUUCAGCCAGAACGGCUGCUGUGGCUACGUGCUCAAACCACCCUUCAUGAGGGAUGAGGAGACUCUCUUCAACCCCAGUGACCCCAGCAGCCGGGAAGGCCCUGGCCCCAUCACCCUGACGAUCCAGGUGAUCAGCGGGCAGCAGCUCCCCAAAGUGGCCAACAGCAAGGACGGAGCCAUCAUCGACCCACUUGUGCGCGUGGAGAUCCAUGGGGUCCCUGCGGACCAGGCACACCAGGAGACAAAGUACAUUGAGAACAAUGGGUUUAACCCCCGCUGGGAUGAGACACUACAGUUCCAGCUCCAUGUGCCUGAGCUGGCCCUGGUCCGCUUUGUGGUGGAGGAUUAUGACAAGACUUCCAGGAAUGAUUUUGUGGGCCAGUUCACCCUAGCCUUUGCCAACAUCAAACCCGGAUACCGCCACAUCCAUCUCCUCUCCAAGGACGGCACGAGCAUCCCACCCUCUUCUCUCUUUGUCCAUAUCCGCAUCACCGAGCCACCUGGCCCCGAACAGGACUGAGCUCAUGGGGUGAGCAGCACCCAGAUGGAAGCCAUACAGGCGGCCCUGAGUGGCUGGGGCCGCAGAGCCAACCACCUUGCCCUCUUGUUGAGCUGUUUCGUGUCAUCCCUGUGUUGUUGCUGCUGUGACCCCCUUUGCAGUAGCCUCUGAGGACUGGGAAAAAGCACUGACCUGCCCUUUCCAGGUUCGGGAUGCUGUCCCCCAUGCCUGAGCAUGAGGUCUAUGUUGGUGCAGCUCCCUGAAUCCCCCCAGGCACCCUGCCCUGGCCUAAGGUCACAGCUUGGCCAUGGGGAGGAGGAGAGAUGGUGCAUGGCCUGGCUUUGCUGCAGGGGCUGGUCCCCCACCAGGCAGGGGAGCAAGGCUGGAGCCAAGCAAACCCCGAGGCUGGGCAGAGCUGUGAGAGGAGUUGGUCCUCACUGCCCCUGAUCUUGCAGAGCCCCAUUACAGCCUCUGGCCCCUACAACCCCAGAUUAACCCUUGUCCCAUCCUUUCUCGGUAAGCAACCUAAUAAAUUGUUCAGUGACAGAUAAGCUCAGGUCUGGGUGCAGUG